AUGCUCUCCGUCUCGCUCGCCAGCUCCUCGACGCCGCUCCUCGACGCCGCCGCUUCGCACCGAGCCCUGCAUGCGGUCGUCGGCUCCUUUGUCGCGGACGCCGCCUCGAUGCCACUGCACUGGAUCUACAACACAUCGAAAGUGGCUCAACUCGUGGCCACCGCCGGUGGCGACCCCGCCUUCUUCCCAACCCCGUCGUGCCCUUACUAUGACUAUCCGUUCGGCGAGCAGUCUCCUUACGGCCAGCAGAGCCUGCUCUACCUCAAGGCGCUGGCGCAGUCCAUUGGCGGCGGCAAGGGUUGGAGCGACGAUGUGCCUUCGGCGCUGGAGUCGGACUACUUUGCCUCGUACCGGCCGGGAGGGCUGUGCAAGACCGCGUGCGGCGCGUGCUACCAAGACGGCUCCACCAAGGGUUUUGUGGCAAACGAGCUGAAGGGGCUGCGCUGGCCGUCAUGCGGCGCCAACGAUACGCAGGCGAACGCGAUUGCGCACAUGCCCGCGCUGGUCGCUCGCUUCGCGGGCCAGGGCGCCGCGCUGCUAGACCGAGUGGCCGCCCUCACGCGCGUGACCCAAAACACGGACGAGGCGGUUGCCUUUGCACUCGCCGCCGCCCGCAUCCUCGAGAGCGCAAUCCUCUAUGGCAGCGACGGCAGCGACGCAGAGGGCGGCGUGGCGGCGCCGCAUCUGCGCGCCCGCGGCGCCGUGCGUGCCGCGGUGCAGGCGAUGAAGGACCCGCACCGCGCGCACCCGAUGCCGCAGGACGGCCGGCUCGCGGCGCGCAUCGAGGCGCUCCUUACGCCGACGGCGCUUGCGCGCUCCAACUUUGACGUCGUGCAGGAGGUGGGGCAGGCCUGCGACUACCCCUACAACCUGCUCAGCGGCGCACACCUGAUCGCGCAGGGCGCGCCGUCGUACGCCGACGCCGUCGGCCAACGCAUCCUCGCCGGCGGAGACUCGUGCAGCGCCAACAUGUGGAACGGCGCCGUGUUUGGCGCGCUCGCCGCGGACGCGGGCGGCCUGCCGAGCGGCUGGCUGGCCAAGCUGACCCACGCCGACGCGGUGGCCUCGAGCGCGAAGCUGCUGCUUAGGGAGGCGACGGGAUGA